AACAGUUAAACGGUCGGAAGCAUGCUUAACGCUCUUUUAUUUGCCGUUCUUAUCUUAUCUGCGAACGUUGCGUGUCUUCCCACGUUCGAUAUAAAACGAUCGGAGAACGGAAUCUUAAGGCGACAAACCAGAGCUCCAUUUGGUCCCUACGAGUUUAAAAGGUUAGCCAAUUUCGGUGUGAAAAGGGAUUUGGGACCUUUUGGUGUCGACAAGAAAUUGGGAGGAUUCGGAGUGAAAAGACUUGGAAAUUUUGGAGUGAAAAGAUUAGCGGGCUUCAAUGUCAAGAGGAAUUCUAACUUGGCUAAGAUAAUGACCAUGUUAAAGGAAUCUUCUUAUAUCUAUUCCAAUAGAUUCUGAACGAAUCGCUUAUAAGACUUUAAAGGAAGAAGAGUAUAAUUAUGUUUUAAUCUUAUUCCUUUUUCUAUCCAAACUAAAAAGAGUUUCUUCCUCCACCUUUUUUUUAUGUUUACCAUUAUAGAUAUACUUUUUCAAUAAUAAAAAAUAAAGACAAUACGUUUG